UGAUAAAACACUUUUCAAAUCACACAAUCACGAGCGUUCAACGUAUAUCCCCAAAUUCGAAAUUCGAAAUGCGCCAAAACCAGACCUUUCUCUCUCCUCACUCCACCGUCCGGUGCUGAAGACGUGACCAAUGUCGGCGACGGAGAAGCUCUUCGUCAAGAUCUUCGAACGGAAAAAGCAAUUCAUCGAGCAAGUUCGUCAGGAGUCGCUUCUCUGGGAGGAGAAUCUUCGUUACCUACUCAUUCUCAACGGAAUUCCCCCUCCUCCAUGGCUCAAUAACUCCGCCGUCCACUCCUCCUUCCCCUCAGAUCCCAAAGAUCUAUUCAAAGAUGAUACUGUUUAUCAAGGCCAACCAUCACAAGCACAAUUUGGAGUUCCUUCGGUUGGUGACCAUUGCAGUCAGUACAAUAAUCUGGAUGCUGUAUCUGACGAUUUGCGUAAUGAAGUCGAUGCUAUUAAAAAAGACCAUGAUACAGGGGGAAGGCUUUCUAAUUUUCCAGAUUGCUCAGUUAGUAAUGCUGGAUGUGCCUCAAGUGGUCCUCCAGAAUUGGAUUCAGUUGCUGUUUCACCUCAGAAUCAGAUAGAGCAAAGAGUCUCAGAGAGUUUCCUUGACCCGGCAGUGUCAUUUUCCAAGUUGCAUAGAUCAAGGUCAAGGCAGAAAGCUCUGGAGCAACGUAACAGUGCAAAAGCGUCCAAACUGUUGUCAGUAGAUGGUGAUAAUGCUGGGGAUUGUACUGCUGCAGCUACACGUUCUGCACCACCAUCUCUACAGGAAGAUCAUAUCAAGGAGUUAAGCUUGGUCAAUGAGUAUCAUCCAAACAACCGAAGUUGUUUGACGGAAGAAAUGAGAAAAGGGGGUUGUCUAACUCGAAAAGACCACAGUUCUAAUUACACUGGCCGUAUAACAAGAUCUAAAAGUUCAUCCCAGAAGUUCAACUCUUUGAGUAUCCGUAGUUCUUCUGUAGAAAAGGAACAUGGUCCUCCACUUAAUGAUUUGAAUGAGGAAAUGGAGCUUAUCAGCCGGCCUUCUUUUAUAAAUGGAAGCUGUGGGGUUCAGGAACCAAAUUUAAUAAAUUUUCAGAACAAGGACGUUGGAAGCAGUGUCUAUGAUAAAAGAUUAAGCAUACCUAGAACUUCUAGCCAGGCAGAACAUAGUAGUGAAUUAUUAAACUUAGACAGCUCCUCAGGAAGAUACAAAGUGGUUGAAGUAUCUGAUAUUAAUCAACCAUGUUCUCAUGUUGAGUUAAAGGAUUUAAGCAAAACCUCUGAUUGUAUCAACGGAAGUAGGCGGAAUAUUGUUAAAGAUGGUGACUUCUGCCAAACUGAACAAGAAAGUAACAUUCAGAGUAGGUUAAGACUACAUAGAAGUUCAUGUCCAUCACCAGGGGAUGAUUUUUUCACAACCAAUGGUUCUGGAAAGUCUAUCGAUAAAUCUGUGCAAUUACCUCAACCUUUAAUUUUGAAGAAUUUGCAGGACCCCUCAGUGGCCGUUGUUGGGUCUUUAUGUAGCCAAGAGGAACCUCACAUUUCUGCAGUAAAAACAAAAGAAUAUUUAAGUAAAAGUGGUUCUGGAAAUAUAUACUUAACCAGAAAUUCAAAGUUAUCAAAGUCUCCAAAUUCCAAAUCUCGCGGGCAAAGGGCUACCCAUUCCGAAUCAGCGGGUAAGAAGUCUCAAAAUGUACAGCCUACAAAACUGGAUCCUAGAUGGUUAUCUUCAAGUCCAAAGUAUUCCAAAUUAGAUUUACAAAUUUCAGUGAAUUCUGCAGAGAAGGAGAACAUUGCAGAAGUUGAUGCUUCUAGAAAUACCAGGGCUGAGACUAGUUGCGCAGAAAAAAGUUUGUUGAGGCCAGCAAGCUCUUCCAAUUUAGAUGGUGGAUCUAUACUUGCAGAAUCAUUAUACAUUAAAACAGUUGUGGCUGAAAAGGACUUGGAUGUCCUAGAAAAUAUAGCAUCUGAUGCCAAUUCUACUGAUAAUGCCAAACACAAAUCUACUACAACUACUGCCAAAAUUCAUCUUGAUUUUGAUGGAUUAGUUGAUAAAGAUCCUUCUUGUUUGGGGUCAAAACUCACUGCUGUUAACCCUAAGGUUAGGGAAGAGGUUUCCGUUUCGAGGCUUUCCCCUGAUUUUGUUAUGUCUGUGAUGCCUAAAGAACUUGUUUUUGAUGAUUGUGAAGACACUAAUAGGGAUGGAAUAUCUAGCCCUGAUUUGAAAGGAAGCAAGAGAAUGUCACCGGAUAAAGAAUCUCUUGCUUUUUCGGAACCAUUGAAAUUACUUGAUGAUGACACGCAGGAAGUUCUGGCAGAUUCUUUUUCUGAAGCAGUUACUGAAAAUGGUCUCCCUAGACAUACAGACAAAAGUGUUGCAAAAUUCAAUGUUAGGUUCCCAGUUAUUGCUCCUACUGAUGAAGUGAAUGUUGACUUGGUACAGCAGUCCCCAAAUACCAUUUCCUGGGAUCAAAAUGGUGACUUAUUGAGGCAGGCACUGCCCAGCAAUGGAAAAGUUACCCGUUUUUCAACUGAUGUCCAUAAUUUCAAUAGUUCCACAGAGACUUUCGCCAAUGAUAUGGAGCAUUCAUGCUCUCAGCAUAAGAAAAGAAAGAUUGAGAUUGAAUCAGAGAAAUUUCUUCCAGGCUCUACACACUUAUUGGAAAAGCUAGUUGAUUCUAUCAACCAAAGGCCUGGAAGUGGUACCUCAAGUAUCAAAGAAGACAAUCCUGAGGCUGUCAUUGAAGUUCAACAUUUGGCAUUUGAUCAGGCGGAUGAUAUAGGACAUGAACGUGUCUGUAAGAGCCCAACAGAUGUGAUGGAAGACACCGGGGAAAGCCAAAAAAUGGAAGGGUCUUCAUGUACAGUGAGAAAAGAUGAGAAACUUAUCUUGGAUGGACGAGGCAGAGGUUCAGACACCCUUAUGUUGCCAGAAGUAGAUCCGUUCAGUUUUAGUAUUGAAUCAACGAGGUUAUCCUUUGAUGGGAAGGCAGGGUCAUGGCAUCUCCAGGUUAAUUCUGGGCAAAAUAAUGCAGAGGAUCUGACUUGUUUUGAAAGAACCACCUCAAGUAGAAGAAUCUAUCCCGAAGGUGAUUCUGAGUUCUUAGAUGGUUUGUCUGUUUCUCCAAGAUUCCGAGAUUUGGAUUUGACUGAGACAGGGGCUUUACCAGAGUUUGAAGGGUUUCUUAUGCAAACAGAUAAUGAACAACCAUGCAUUGCUCGAGAUGAAAUGCAAUUCGAAACUAUGAAUCUUCCUAGUAGCUCAGCCGAUAAUUCAUCACUUGAUGGAUCUAGAUUCACAAGCUCUCCGUCAUGCUAUUCUUCAACUCCAUACAGGUUGCACAGCAUAGGGAACGUUUAUCAGUCUUUACCUAAUGGACUUCUGGAAGGAUAUGGUCUAAGGACUUCCCGUCCUCUAAACGAUGGGAGUCCAAGGGCCUUUUCUGAUUGCCGACCAAAAUGCAAUGGUCAGUUUACAUCUUCGGUCCAAACACUUUGGGAUAGAUUUAAUUCCAACUUUGGCAGUUCUGGAAAGCGCAAGAGUUCGAAACCAGAGCUACCCUGCAUAAGUGAAGAAAAUGAAAACGUGGAUGAGAUUGCUGGUACGUUCCAACAAGGCAUUGGUCCAGAAGGAAUGAAUGAGUCAAUUACCAGAGGACAACCAGCUGAGAUUGUAGAAAAUGCAAACCCCUCUACAUCAGUUUUACAAGAUGCAUUAACUAGUGAACAGGAAGAUUUUGUGAUCUCAGAAUCUAACUUUGGUGGUACAUUCCAACAAGGCAUUGGCCCAGAAGAAAUGAGUGAGUCAAUUACCAGAGGACAACCGGAUGAGAUUGUAGAAAAUGCAAACCCCUCUACAUCAGUUGUACAAGAUGCAUUAGCUAGUGAACAGGAGGAUUUUGUGAUCUCAGCAUCUAACUUUGAUGGGACUCACAAUAAAGUAAAAAAGAAACUUGACAAGCAGGAUGGAAAUAGGACAAGAUUAACAAGUAAGGGGAAGGAUAACAAGAGUAUAUCUCUUGGAGUAAAUGGUGCCAAGAGGAACUCCGAAUCAGUCCAGAAAAGAUCCAGUAGGCCAAAGUUAUCUGGAAAAGAUAGUAUGAAACUACAACGCCCCACUUUUUCUGGAAGGAAGUCUACGCGCAAGAAUAUUGUAUCUAACAUUACUUCCUUUAUUCCAUUAGUGCAGCAAAAGCAAGCAGCGGCAGUUUUGCCAGGCAAGAAAGUUAUCAAAAUUAAGGCUUUGAAGGCUGCUGAGGCUGCUAAGCGCAAUGAUGAAAUGAAAGAGAAUGAGCGCAAAAAGAAGAAGGAGGUGUUGAUGGAGCUGCAGAAGAAAAAAGAAGAAAGAAAGAAAGAGGAGGCCAAAAUGUCAGCAAAAAAAAGACCAAGGGAAAAUGAAGAGAAAAAGGAGAAAGAAGGAAAAAGGAAGCGUGUUAAUGACAUGAAACAGCCAGAGCACGAGAAGAUACUUGCUAAGAAAGAAGAGUUAAAAGGUAAAGAAGCACGCGAAAGCAGGAAAAUUUUGGAUGGAAGAGAUGAUCUUAACAAAUUGCUACAACAAGAGAAUAGACAAGGCAAUGCAGAAAAAAUUUCAAAAACUGAACCUUUGACCAAGGAAAGCCGUCACGAAAAGUAUGAAUCUGGGAUCGAAUGUGCCAAUAAAGGAAAGGCAACAAUGGAAGAUAAUGACUUGAUCAUCAAAAACUCACCUCUGGAGCAAUCAUACGAGAUGUCUCCAUAUAAAUCAGAUGAUGAUGAUGAGGAUGAGGAUGACAGACCAUCUAAUAAAUUUAUACCAUCAUGGGCAAGUAAGCAUAGCCUGUUGCUGAAUAUUUCUUCCCAGGCAAUGGACCCAGAAACAAUAUUUCUUCGGCAAAGUUUUUGUGAGAUAGCAGAAGUUCUCCAGCCUCGGAAGUUUGUGUUAUAGUACCAAGUAGGGGUUUGGACUCCAUAACGUAGUGAUUCCUUUUAAUUCUUGUUUUUUUUAGAGCUUCUUUACGGGAUACGGUGCAGCUGCAAAGAUGAUUAAAUGAUCCCUGCCCUAUUUUUGCAGAGUUUCUUUUUCAAACUCCCUCAAAUCUGCUACUUCAAACGAUGGUGAAUUUUAUUUUAGAUGUAUCUUUUUGUAUAGUUAACUUAUUAAUCGUAGAAGAAGCCGAUGUAUGAAAUUCAUUGUCAAAAUGAAGCAAGGAGCUACUGCUAUCUUUCAAGGUCCUUGAAUUCGGUCAGUAGUAAAGUUAGAAUGUACACGCCGGUUGGUAGGCAUAGGUUUGUGCAAGUUCUUUGUACAAAUGUUGAAUGUUAAUUUUCACACUUAAGUUUAGCUAAAGUUUCUGAUAUUAUAAAUUUGAGCAGAUGAAUUGCGCAUUCAUACUGCUCAUUAGUAUAUUCUUGUUGAAGUAAACUAAUAAAUAAAAGGUUAUGUAUAACCUCAUCGUUA